GGCUAAAUUGGAACUAACCCUAAUCUCUUCUUCAUGUGAACCCAAUUCAUUAACACUCGUCUACUCUCCCUCUUGAUCUCUCCAUCUUCUCUCUCGACAGCUUCCACAGCUCCUUCGUUCUCAUGCCAGACAUGGAGGAAGAAUUGCAGAAGCGAAACACGGAUUGCGUUUAUUUCCUAGCUUCUCCUCUCACCUGCAAGAAGGGAGUGGAGUGUGAGUUUCGGCACAAUGAGAAGGCUAGGCUCAACCCAAGGGACUGCUGGUACUGGUUGUCUGGGAAUUGUCUUAAUCCAACAUGUGCUUUUCGGCAUCCUCCACUUGAUGCACCUUCUCCAAAGCCUGCCGAAUCUACUGCAUCAAAGUAUCAGGGUUCUACACCAAUCAAUAAGACUGGGACUCCUUGUUACUUUUAUUACAAUGGUUACUGCAAUAAAGGUGACAGAUGCCCUUUUCUGCAUGGUCCUGAUGGUAGCUCAACAGUGGGGAAACCUCUGAAGCCCGAAGUGCUCCCCUCGGAAACUAAGUCAUCUACAGGAAAUGAUACUCUAUCAGCUCCAACAGAAACAAGUAACAAGCCUUCUGCAACUGCACAAAAACCAACCAUGGAAACCAGUGUUAAGGUUAAAGAGGAUUUUCAGAAAUCAGCCUUAAGAAAUUUGCCACAGAAAAGUAUCUCUCCACAGAUAUCUGAGUCUGAAUUUGAAGAAGCUGCUAGAGUUAAGUCAGCUCCUAUGCUUCAGGCAGAAGAUGUCACUCAAAUAAGAUCAAAUAUCUACACAGAUCAGAGUUCAGAGGAUCAAAUGGAUGACCAUGUUGAACCAGAAGAGCGGUUGGAGUCAUCCCCAGGUUUUGAUGUUCUUGUGAAUAACAAAACGGAGAAUUUGGAUUAUGAGGAUGAGUCAGAGUAUUUACUUGCCCUUGAUGGGGAGCACAGGGAGCAUUUCUUGGGUUAUGAUCAGGAUGUGUAUGAUGCUUACGAUCACUUGGAUAAUGAGCAUAUUUUUGAUAAUGUCAGAAGACCUUCUGACCACUUGGGAGAAAGAUUGGAUUCGGUAUUUUCCCAAAAGAGAAGAAAACUGCUGCCCGAUGAAUUGUUGUCUGAUGUACGGAGUGGUGUGGACCUUAGGGAGCACUUGAGGGGGCGCAGAGGAAUUGAUGAACACACGAGUAAUCAUUUGUCAAGACGGCAUGAAUCUUCUCGUCUUGUUGGCCGAAUUCAAGGAAGGCCUCAAAGGCAUGGUGUACCAAUAUCUCAGCGAUUGCAUGGAAGAUUGGCAUCACAAGUGGAAAUUGAAUCACUCGAAGACAAUGGUAUUUUUUCAAAUGGCUCCGAACAGCAUGGCUGGCACAGGCACGUGGACUCUAAUGGCUCUAGGCAACAUUACAGGGAAAGAAGGGUGGCUAAACAGCAGUCCACUUCAUUUGAGGUGUCAAGGAAGAGGAGAUCUCCUGAACCAUCUGCUACUUUUUCAGGACCCAAAAGCCUUGCCCAGAUUAAAGAAGAGAAGAGAAGAGCUGAAGAGUACGGCACCAAAACUAUGGCAGAUUUUGACAGUCCAAAACCAUUGAGUGAAAUCCUCAAGGACAAAGGAAGGCCUCAGGCUUAGUAGCAGUGUAAGGGAUUGAAAUUUUAGAAGCACUUGUUAGAAAGGAAACAUUAAAAAUCUUUUCAACAUGAUAGGAACGAUGAUCGUUUAGUGAAGAGAAAAGUUUUAACUAUUCAGAAGACGUAAUGACAAAUUCGGUUUAGGUACAGCCUUCUGGCAUAUUCUCCUACCUUGACUAUGUUGUGGUGUGUUGAUACAUUGCUACUUCUGGAUCAACUUUCAUUUUUGUUAUUGAUACUGCUGGAUAAAGAUGCUUCUCUAUCAGUUCAGCCUGUUUUAAUCUUUCCUCCGUUUGCUUAUGCUCCUCCUAGGUUUUUCUAUUUUCGAUACUCUCCACAUGAAGUGGUUCCUUCCAUUUAAUUAAAAGCACAGGCCAAACCCAACUAAGAAGUUAGAUUUCCCUUCAAUGCUUUUGAGUCUCUAUUGUUCUUCAGAUUCUACACAAGGACUCAGUUGCCGGAGAAAAUGUGUUCUAA